AUGGGUGUGCAUCCUUACCGAUAUCCGACGGUCACAUUGGCCCUUUUGCUAUCAUCAUGCUGCCUCGGUUAUGUCAUAGCAACCGAAUGGGAGGCGGCCGUUACGACGGACAAUGGCAUUUUGUUUUUCGAUUCAAAUUGGCGCAAAUUAUCCUCGGCGGCUCACCAGUACAGCCGCAUCUCAGCGUUCGCGUACGAUGAAGUCCUUGGGAAGCUGUACUUUGCCGAUCUCGAUCAUCCGGAGUACCGGUUGUUUGCGUUGGACUACGACAACACGGAUGAGCUGCACAAAAUCACCAAACUGUGGCCAAAAACUGCCCAAACGUCAACCAUCACCGGCAUGGCGUUCGAUCACCUUGAACGGCGUCUGUACUGGACGGAGAAGCACACCCGAUCGGUUUAUUCCGUUGAGAUCGAUGCCGUACUGAACUCAACACGUGUUGCCGGUGGGAAAGUGAACGAAACGGCCAGUGGUGAUGAUCCUGUAUCCUUGUUAGUGCGCACCGUUGCGACAGUCGAACCCGAUCACGAGUUGGCAGGACUUGCGAUCGACGAGUGUCGCAGACAUCUUUACUGGACGAACUGCUAUCCGAAGACGUCCAACAUUGUGCGUGCCGCAAUGAACGGUACGGUUUUGAACGUACACGAGGAACACGUGUACCUGCCGAAAGGGAUCACGGUGGAUCACUACCGCAAUCGAUUGUACUGGGUGGAGAAAAAGUAUGGCCGUCGGUACACGAUCGAGAGCGCGGAUCUGGAGGUGAACGAUCAGCGAACGCUGCAAACCGGACUGGAUCGGUUGCCGGCUGACAUUGCGGUGCGGAAUGAGUUUAUCUACUGGACCGAUCAGGAGAACAACGAAAUCUACGAGAUGGCGAAGGAACCAAAUGCACAAUCGCGCACGGUAUACCGUGGGGAGCACCCAUCGGCGGUGAUCCUGCGUGCGAACCUCCUGCUGGAGCACCAGCGCAAUAAUCCUGACUGCCAGGCGGUGGUCAACCGUAUCCUUGAGAACAUGCAGCGUUCGAAACCGGCCAGCGUGUUGCUGCAGGAAUCACAGCACGCCCCCCUGACCGGGUGUCUUAACAAUGGCACCGUGAAUCAUCACACGGACGUGUGCAUUUGCCCACCGGCGUACGGUGGGAAGCUGUGUGAGAUUGAUCUUUGCAGUAACUUCUGCGCGCAAGGACGAUGCCGCAUUGGGCGGGAUAAUCGGCCGCGGUGCGAUUGCGACAGCCAGUUCGAGGGCGAACGGUGCGAUCGGAACCGGUGCGAUGGGUUCUGCCUAAAUGGUGGCAAGUGUCGGUUUGCCAAUGUCACGCAGGGAUCAAGCGAGCGGGUCUGCUCGUGUGAUAGCACCGGUUUUAGUGGGGCACGGUGUGAGAAUCCGAUUUGUGGCACGGACUACUGCUACAAUGGGGAAUGCUACGUGGAGGAUGGGAAAUGGCCAAAGUGCCGGUGUAAGGCAGGCUAUCGGGGCGAGCGGUGUGAGGAGUAUAGCUGCAACAAUUACUGCCUGAAUGGAGGGCGAUGUACGCUUGGCAACGAAACCACGGUUCCGGAGUGUCAGUGUGAGGAAGAGUUUGCCGGUAAACGGUGCGAAAUUGCUGUUCGGCUUUGCAGCACCUACAACGAUGAUCCGCAGUGGCAGCAGUACUGUUUGGGCAUUUCCAAAACGUUACCACUGAUGGAGCCGAAGGUGACGUACUGCAAGGAAUCUUUCAACCGAACCGUUGUGUACUCGUCGCUUUGCUUCACCGUGUCCUUCGUGGUGCUGCUCGUCAUCAUACUUACCGUCCACCGGAUGAUGAAACCGCCGAGGCCGCGCAUUACUAAAAAGAUGGUCGUCACGCCGAUGACCUCGCGGCCGCCAACAACGCAGUGCGAGAUUACGAUAGAAAACUGUUGCAACAUGAACGUCUGCGAAACGCCCUGCUUCGACACUAAACUGCUAAAGAAGUCACAGAAGGAAGACAAACAGUUUCUGCUGGAGGAUAUCGAGGAUGUUGGAGGAAGCUACCGGAAGCUACCGAAUUGCGGCGAAGCGAACGAGCGUAAAUGAGACUCAAAGUCGGUCGCCGGCAGGCUGGCAAUGUACAUCAAGCGCCUAGGGAUUCGGUGGUGGGCGUUUGAUGUUUGGAAAGACAGUAAAAUCCUUAGAAGGGGAAAGCCCAUUGACGGAUGAAGAUAGCCUUACAUACUAAUGUGUGUCCUUUGAACAUGCUGCCACCGUAGAGCAGGGAAUCAAUCCAUGUUGGUAAUGGACAUCCGUCUUUUCAGUGCAGUAUCGUACACUGCAGACGAAGCUUGCCAGGGUUGUAUGCCGAGCACUGUGUGCACUGCUGCACUGCAUGAGAUAUACAGCCAAUGCCACAGCCAAGUAGAAGCUACACUCAUGCGUUAGACAGAUGGGUGGACGAACAUUCUUUAUUCUAUUUUUGUUCCAGUACGAGGAGUCUUACUGGAAGGGAACUCCACGUACCAUCAGAGGUACUUCUUGUUAGAGCCGGUAAUUACCACACAAAAAAUACAUAAUAGUACAAACUUCUUGCUCCUGCCAAAGGGCAAAACAUAAGCAAGAUUCUCUCACGCUCAAUUGGAAGCGCAAUUGGCGGUUUCGUGCAGUGCACUAGGAAGAAUGCGAAGAUGUUCGGUCCGGUAAAGCUUAAGUCGUCAACCCAAGUUCCUGUACUCGUGUACACAUGACCUAGAAGGAUAGCUUCUCAUGCCAUAUUCCUCUACAGUUCGUUCUGUAGUAUAUAUUUUCGCACCCAGGCAGCGUGCGCUGGGUGGUGGAAUGGAUCCCGCUUGUUGCUUAACCAGAACAUAGUUGUUACUCCAAGCAUGGUUCGAUUUUGAUUUCUAAUUGUUGCUUUUCGCGCGCGGCAGCGAAAGAAUAGCUCAUUUUGUACAUUAAUUUAAAUUCCACAAGCUGUGAAUGGUGUACUUGCGACUUAAUUUGGCUUUGUUGGACUCUUGCUCGUCUCAAAUUGUAUGUUUUGUUUAAUAUCGAGUCCUAUCAUCCCUCAUACAUUUAUGUUCCGCAUCGCCGUGUGUUUAUGCUUUAGUUUAAUUUAUUUACCUGUGGGGGAUAACCGUUUUGGGGCUUCCAGUUUCAAACAAAACAUACCGCAACUGUUGUUAAGCGACACCACACGUCUACGGAUGACGGGUUCUGGCAGCUAAUACUGAAAGUUCUAGACGAAGAGAGCCUGAAUUGCCUAGCACGAGCUUCAGCUCGGUGUCGAGAGCAGAGGGGAGCAAUAAGCGCAAGUAAUGAAACAGAUCUAACGCAAAGCGUUGCCUCAAGUAAUUGAAAUGUUAACGUAGGAAAGUAGCGGUACUGCGCAAAACUUAAGCAUCGUAACUUAAAAAAACGUUAGAAAUGUGAUGAAAGCACGAGGGAACCCCAGCAGAGGUCUAAUAUCCACAUGAGAGUAUGUGAUAUUAGAUAAGAUUAUAGUUCAAAGUGAACAACUUUAUAGGAGUUUAUUGCAGGGAGCAACACUAGUAGCAAUAUUUUAAAAAAGACUUAUUUUGGAUAAA